AUGGAUAUACAAGAGCUGCUCAGUGAUGCCAUAAAUGGAGCCAGAGAAGACAUCCUAAAGGAGGCAGGAGAUUUUGUAUACAUUUUGACCGAAUUUACCAUUCCCUCAAGUGGUCAUGUAAAGGAGAAAGCAGCUGUAGCUCACUGUUUGUACCAGAUUCAGGGGAUGGUGGCCAAUAAACUCGUAGGAGAGAUCAACCAAAACUUAACAAUGAUGUUCCACUCCAGAGAUCUGUUCCUUGUUGGCCUCAAAGACGGCAUGGAGAAAAUUCAAGGAGAAAUUGUCAGAGACAACGACAUUCCAUCGGCAGCACUCGCUCUUGCCAAAAGCCUUCUUUCUUCUUACGAAGCUAAAAUCACGUUUUCACAACGCAACAGAGGAGCUCUCCGUUUCACAAAGAAAUUAACGAUUAAGUUCAACGAGGCGAUUCGUACCCCGAUCGACACACAUAUCAAGACCAUCAGUGGAGAGGUUCAAGUUGGCUCGAAGAAAUGGAAGACAAAUGUUGCUUCAGAUGCCCUUGCGAAAGUAAAUCCAUCUGACAUGGCUCAGAGAAUCGUCAACAGCUUGAAACAGCACCUUUGUGACUGCCAUGAAGACUUCACCAAUGAAAUAAGAAAAGUGCAAGACCUGUUCGAUCGCGGAGAGACUAUCAAGGAUAUGCAAAGAGAAACUAUUCUUGGCUUUGCUCCCAAUCUUGCACUUCUUGAGAUAAUGGCAUAUGGUGUCAUGGACAGGUUCAAGUUUGGAUUUCCAGCUAAAGGAGAGCGCAUUGGGACUGGGGCACAGGGUGAAGUCUUCGCCUGUGACAACAUUAAAACUCCAGAAGGAAGGCCCUGUGUUGUUAAGGUGGUACGUGUCGCUUCACAGGAGGUGCUCAAGGACUUGACCCUGGAACUUCAUAAUACCAGGUAAAGUGCAAUAUCAAGAUGGUAAGGUAACGUAACGUUUUGAAAUAGGUGCGAAACAAAAUACGGUCUCAUUGGUCGAUGGGUUCGUUUGGAGUUAUCGAUACAGAUUCUACCGUAUUUUUAGAAAUCAUUCCUUGAGGGCAAAGAGGAUUCCUUCUUUCCAUGUUCACAGGGGUUUAUCCGAACACUCGGAGGAUUAAGGAAAUUCUUGAAAGCUGUUCAAGCCCUCGUCUUUUCUUAUUCGAACAAUUUACUAAAAUGAACUUCUCCGUUUAAGAGCUCUCCACCAUCCGAACAUUCUACCAGUUAUGUGCAGUUAUGUGGAGUCCAACCCAACUCGUGGCCAUUCUGUGCAACUUGUCUCGGAGCGAAUGAGAUGCGAUCUUCAUAAUGGUUUAGCGGAUAUACAUUCCUUGAGAAAUAGGCUUGAGAUAGCUCUUAACGUUGCCAAAGCCUUGCAGUAUCUUCACGGAGAGGAGCUGAUCCACCGCGAUGUUAAAAUGCAGAACGUCUUGGUGAGUACCGUCACACUGCCUGUUAGCCUUGAUUGAAAAAUAAAUGGGGCUGUGGUGGGUGUUUACUAUGUAAGGCUGUGCUUAUGAAGAGUUCCCUAAGAGGAGCCGAUUAUUGAACCAAAAGGGGACUUUUAAAUAAUAGUAUUCUGAAUUUAUACAGCAUAUAAGUGGUACAUUACAUUUUUGGACGAGCAAAUUCGAUUUUCUCCUUUUCUCUUUUUAGUUGGACGAGAAAAACAACGUAAAGUUAACUGAUCUGGGUCUCUGUAAACCCGAAGGUCUCAUCAAUAACUCGUUGGUUGGUACUCCUAUCAACAUGGCGCCCGAAAUGAUGAAAAAACAGUACGACAAAUCCAUUGAUGUGUACGCGUUCGGUAUGUUGCUCUGGCGAGUGUGCGAAGGCCAGGGCAACCAACCACAGAUGCUCAUGAUGAAUGCUGUUGACAACAAGACACCAGAGAGGUUGGACGUGUUUCCAGAACAAUGCUGGCAACUCAUGGAAAGUUGUUGGAAUCAGGAUCCCGAAGCAAGGCCAUCAUUCGACAGCGUGGUUAGGGACUUGGAAACGUUCCUAGCGGAGAUGCCGGAUCAGUAG